UGUAGCAUAAUUUGAGAUCAGACCUGACACAGAGUGUGGGAACGCGAACUCAGCAGUACGGUUGGAACUCACUGAAGGUGCUAAACAGCCAGCUUAGUAUCGAAUUACGAGAAUACCCCGUGGAUCUAUUUGUGAAACAUUGGAUUUUGCUGAGAAGAUUCGAAACAAAAGCCCAGCCUAAGCUCUCGUUUCGAGCAGAUCCGGCAAGUAGACUGGAAGCCUUCCACACGUAUGAUUUGGCUAUUAAUUUAAUUUUUCCAAUCCUCAAAAUAAUUGUUUGAUUUGGAAAGCAAACAAAUUUAAAAAAAGAAAUUGUGAUGAAUUGAUUCAUCUUUGGAUUUCGAUUUUGGAGUAUGAUGAGAUUAUGUGUUUUGGGCUGUUCUGAUUUUGACUCAUUGUUACAUGGUUGAAUUUUCUGAUUGUUUAAGCAAUCAACUUUUGUUUAAAGGAGAAUUCUUUGAUGAAGUGGUGGAUGGUAAUCAUACAGAAUUGCGACUUGGGACUGAUGACUGCCUAGUGGCGACGAGUGGCGACGAGCCCACUAGGCGGAGAGGGCGACAUAAAGGGGAAACAGCCCUCCUGAAACGAAACUUAAAGCAUCUUGCUUUCAACAAUGGCCUCAAACUGGUCCGAGCUUCAAAUGGAACUCUUGGACUUAAUCAUCAAAAGGCUUGAUGCUAUUGUUGACAUCAUUCGUUUCAAAGCAGUUUGUUCCAAGUGGUACAGAGCAGCACAAUUGUAUAUGACUUCUCCAUUGCUCAUGCCUCCUAGUGAUAAAAAAGAAGAAGCUGAUGAUUGCCGCUUCUUCAGGGUUGCCGAGAAUAAGAUUUACAAGAUCAACAACGUGUUUGACGGGUUUCAUGGUGCUUGGUGCGUGAGAUCAUCACAUGGGUGGUUUGUGAUUUUGGACAAAGAAACAAAGCCACUUCUUCUUAAUCCGUUUUCAGGAGCCAAAGUCCAACUUUCGUUCAUAAACACUUUGCUACCAUAUCAAGAGUUACAACUGUAUAGAUCGUCAUCCUGCUUUGUUGAACUUCUGGUAAAGUUUUGUUUCUCUAAAGCCAUCCUAAUGUCCUCCGAUCUAUGUUUAUCUGAUGUAAGUAGAGGCAAGAGCUUUUGUAUUGUGGUGAUAUAUGGACUAUCUUCAAAAAGACUUGCAUUCUGUAUGCCUGGAGACAGCACAUGGACUCGCUUUGGUGGUGACGAUCAUGAGUACCUGGACAUAAUGUGCCACAAUGGUAUGCUCUAUUCUUUUUAUCCUCUAAAGGGCUAGUUGAAAUUUGGGAUUUUCAUGGUCCUUCUCCCAAGAAAGUUUUGGUUUGUGAACUUUCCACAACAGUGUGUCAAUUCCUGGAGGCACAUACUCGCUUUCUAGAUAAAAUUGCUUUUCUGAUUGAAUCAAA